AUGAGUCUUAAGCGUCACUUGCCGCGGAACGGUCAGCGACACCGGAGUCCUCUGGCCUGCAAUACGUGUCGAGAAAGACGGACAAAAUGUGAUGGCCAGCGGCCUAAAUGCUCGUUCUGUAUGCACCGGAGCAAGGACUGUUUCUACGAAGGAAACCCAGACCCUCCUUCCCUUUCUGCAAUAGAAUUAUCGAGGAUUUGGAAACAGCUGGACCACAUCACCCGGCUCAUAGAACCCAGAGCUUACGAGCGUGCGUGCUUAAUCAAGGAGCAAUUGCAGGGCGAUCUCUUUGACGACCAGGAUCCAUUGACCGGGUUCCCGAUCAUGACCAUCAAGAACCAGUCAUUCCUGGCGCUUCUCAAGCUAGAUCAAUCAUUACCGGCCCGGCUAGAGCAGAUGGAAAGGAGUCGUCAACUAUAUCACUCUCCUCCGUGCAGUGUCCCAGCUGUGAUGAUAGAUUUUUCUCAGGCAUUAGAGUUUUUAAACGCGUUUGCUGAACAUAUCCAUAUUUGGUAUCCGAUUCUUGAUGCGGAUUACAUGGAUGAAUUUCUGCAGGCGAUAUCAACCCCCUUACAGCCCUCCGUAGAUUCUUGCCUAGCUCUCCUCGUUUUAGCUAUAGGUACUCUGGCUAGACAAGAGUCGAUUGCGCAUGCGCAGAAGAAGCUCCCAGAAAUCAUAUACAUUCAAGCAGCGGAAGACAUGCUCCCUUGCCUUCUGGCAGAUAGCAGCACCAGAAGCAUACAGUGUUUGCUUUUACUUAGCGUGUACUAUCUCUGCCACGCCCAGCCGUGCCGAGCACAUGAUUUGGUGGCUAUAGCCUCACAUAAAAUUCAAGAUAGUCUGAUAAAUGAGAUCACUGUCCAGCUAAAUCUGGUCGACAGUGGUAUUUGGAGUAUGGAUUCAGUUACUACAGUCCCAGUCAGCUACGAGACCUGGAUUUGGCACCCAUCUCUCCCCCCAGUCAGGGCAACCGGAGAUGAAACUGAAAGCAUAAUACAUGAACAAGCUCUGCGUCACCACGACUUGUCGUAUUUUAUGGCGGAAAUUGCGAUGCGAAAGAUGCUUCAACGUUGCACAUCGUCUUUUCAAAGAUUGUCCCAAGCCAAAUUCUCAUAUGCGCCCGUAAUUGCAGCAGAACUCGAGCGGCAGUUGCAGGAGUGGUACGAUCUUCUUCCAGAUGAAUUGUCUCUCAGGCGUGAUAACAGCGUUCCAAUCCCUCCAAGUGGUUCAGCGCAAGCGGAAUUCCUGCAUACGCAAUGUUAUGCAUUCAAGGUUUCAAUAUAUUGGCCAGCGGUCUAUCAGGCAAUGGUUGCUGGCGAAGCCAGUGAUGACCUCCUUCUUCACUGUCGGGGCUUCUUUGAUAGUUACAUUGAGUUCAUCGCAAGUGCGGCUGUUUCUGUCAGCAUAUGCAAACCCAAUAUCUGGACAUUAUAUGCAAGCGUGUUUACAAUUUCAAUGGCAGCCCUAACAGCAUCAGUGGCACCGUGUCUGCUCAGUGCAGUCUCCUCUAGAGUACUGCAGAGUUUGGAAAAAGCAGUUCAGCUUUUCGGAAGCGUGACAGAAGUAAGUCCCUCACUGGCCAUAAUGGGGACCAUUUUGAAGGAGAGAACUUUCCAUCAGGCAUCGCCUCCUAGUUAGGCCUGUAUGAAGUCACUUGUACAUUGUUCGUAGGAAGUCCACUAUAUUAUUCAACGUUAUCAGAAAUAAUUGUU